AUGAAUGCCCUUAAUUGAGCAGAUAUAGGUCAAUAGUUUCAUAUAAAUAGGCAUUUAGAAAUUAGAACUAUCACUUGUUUUUGACCACCUGUGAAGAUGAAUACCUUCAUAGCAACGCUUUUCAUUUUGACCUUAUGCGUGGCGGUGACUCUUGCUGGGGAUCAUUCUGAAGGAAAAAGUAAAGAUUCUUCAGAGAAACAUGGUCCGAUGAGGUCAAAAUCACAUGAAGAUGAUAGGAAAGAUGAUCAUGGAAAGAAAGAAAUGAAAAGGACGAGACGAGAAAGUAUGAAGAAAUACGGUGGUAAAUACGAUGAUGAUGAUGAUGAUUACGAUGAACGUAGCCCCAAACGAAGUUACGGAGAUUGGGAGACAAGACGAUAUGACGAUGACCAAGAUGAUAAAUAUAAAGACAGUCCUCGACCAAGGUAUGAAGAUGAACGCAGACGAGGACAAGGCGAUGAUGACGAUGACAGGCGUGAUGGUGGACGCAAACGAGGACGAGAAGAUGAUGACGAUGACAGGCGUGAUAGCUGGCGCGAACGAGGACGAGAUGAGGAUGGCGGCAGCAGACGAGGACGAAACGACGAUGGCGAGGACAAGCGCGAUGGUGGUCGCAGACGAGAACAAGAAUAUGGCGAUGACAGACGUGAUGGGGGUCGAAGGCGAGGACGAAGUAACGAUAGCGAGGACAAGCGGGAUGGUGGGCGCAGACAAGGACGAGACGACGAAGGCGAGGACAGACAUGGUGGUGGAAGUAGACGAGAAAGAGAAGAAUAUGGCGAUGACAGACGCGAUGGAGGCCGCAGGCGAGGACGAAACGAUGAUAGUGAGGACAAGCGAGAUGGUGGGCGCAAACAAGGACGAGACGACGAAGGGGAGGAUAGACGUAAUGGCGGUCGCAGACGAGGAAGAGAUGAUGCUUAUGAUGGCGAGGAAAAGCGGGAUGGUGGCCGCAGACGAGUACGAGAUGAUGAUGGCGAUAAGAGACGUGAUGGCGGAAGUAGACGAGGACGUAAAAAUGAUGGUGAUGACAAGCGCGAUAGUGGGCGCAGACGAGGACGAGAUGACGAUGACAAGCAAGAAGGUGGGAGCAGAAGAGUUCGAGAUGAUGAUGGCAAUAGCAGGCGAGAUGGUGGACGCAGAAGAGAACAAGACGAUAAUGACUAUUAUGGACCCGAAUCUGGACGCAGGAGAAGUUAUGGAAGCUGGUACGGAAGGGAGCAAGAUUAUGAGCGUAACGAAGGUGGUCGCAGAAGAAAUGCGGAAAACCGAAGUGGAUUUAGUGAUUCAUUCGAUAGGUGGUAUAGAGCUGGUUUUAGAGAUGAAUAUGAAGGACGAUUUGGCAGGGACUACAGAGAAAGGUACAAAGGUGGAUUCGAUGACAUGGACGAGAUGAAAUCUUUUGAAAGGCGUCGCAAUUGGAGAAAAGAGGCAGAAGAUGAUGCAAAAAAUCAAUCCAAACAAACCGAAGCAACUGCAUCCAGUGAAGCAAGAGCAAAUGCAGCGAGUCAAACAAGAGGAAAUUCAGCUAGUGAAGCAGGAACAAACUCAAAUGCAUCCAGCAACGCAGGGAUUAAUCCUAGCAACACAGGAGCAAACGCAAAUGCAACUAGCAACACAAGAGCAAACGCAAAUGCAGGCAACAACGCAGGAACAAAUACGUUAAACAAUGCCGGUACAGACGCAAAUGCUGCCAAUAACGCAGGAACAAAUACAAAUGUAGCCAACAAUACAGGACAAAAUGCCGCUAAUAACGCAGGUGCAAAUACAGCCAAUAACGAGGGGGCAAAUGCAGCCAACAACGCAGGAGCAAAUGCAGCCAACAACGCAGGAGCAAAUGCAGCCAGCAACGCAGGAGCAAAUGCAGCCAACAACGCAGGAGCAAAUGCAGCCAGCAACGCAGGAGCAAAUGCAGCCAGCAACGCAGGAGCGAAUGCAGCCAACAACGUAGGAGCGAAUGCAGCCAACAACGCAGGAGCAAAUGCAGCCAACAACGCAGGAGCAAAUGCAGCUAAUACCGCAGGAGCAAAUGUAGCCAACAACGCAGGAGCAAGCGCAGGCAGUGUUGCAGAUGCUGGAGCAGCUAGUAACUUCGAAGGAGGGUUUGGCACAGGUUUCGGAACAGGAUUCGCAGCAGGUUUCGGAAACGCAAAUGCAGGAGGAGCAAACAAUGCAGGAGUAGGAGCAGCACCUGCAAAUACCGGCGGAAUGUUCUUCCCACAGGCAGCUUAGCGCUCCAUGAUCAUAGUCAUACAACAUACUCAUUUUUUUAUAUUAUGAUACAAAUAAAUCACUUUUAUAGAAAAAAA